AUGAAUGCCCGGGACUAUUACAAAGUGUCGUACAUCAACACGGGAUCCGACCGGUCGAGCAUCUCCUUGGAAAGCGACAUCUUGGACAAUGAUACAGGGUUCAACGCCAACCAGUUCAAGUUGUACGAUGACUUCACAACAGAUUUGAGGUUUGCCUUCAAUCCCCUCCGAAGAAACUUUCAUAACCUCACCAGAACUGAUGUGACGAGGAGACGUGGAGAUCCGAAUGAUUCUGGUGUCGAUAUGGAGAAUGGGAAUCCUCUUGAUGAUGUGACGAUGUCCAAUAAUAGUGAUUUGUUGGAGAACGAAGUUAUGGUAGAUCCUUGGAGCAGCAUGGACUCUUCGAAUUCACCGUUAACAGACUCCGGACCUUCGGCAAGUGAAGACUGUACACCCUCAACUUCAAGUGAAACUCCUCGCGGGCCUCUAGAUGCAUCUUCUCCUCUUUCGCCUGACUCGCGCCGCUUACCCGACCCAAAAGACACCAAAUCUAAAAUAGCCUCCAAACACAUUCCCUCAAAAACCACAGACAAGGCGCGGUCACGAGAUCUCACGCUUGAGUUAGAGACACUAGAUUCCAGCUCCCUCCCUCGCCAGCCACACUUUCUUGACGAAGACUAUCAACCGCCGUCCAAAACAAACAUCGAAUGCCGAAUCCCAAAACCGCACUUCCUUGACCACUCUCCUUCGCCAGACGAAUUUGAUGAACGUAGUGAUAUCACUAACCCAAACUUCUUGGAUGAUGACGUUGAUGGCGACGAUAACCAAGCUCAGAAGAAAGCUGGAGCCCUACCCAAAAAACCACAAAAGACUCCAUCUUCAACAUAUUCAACACCUGAAGAUCGGCCACACCGAACAAGUUAUCGAAGUACUUUACAUUAUGGAUUAGAAAGUGCAGCUAGAUCCAGUGAAAGAGAUAAAAGAGCUUCCCAAUUGUACAGAGGAACCUGGCCAGGAGAACGCGACGUCUGGACAGGUCAUGACUCGUCUAGUGUUCGUAGUUUCUCUAGCAAUGGCUCUGCAGAAGGCCCAAGACCUUCAUCGAAUUUAGAGAAUAAAAUGGAGUGCGUUUGCUCAUUAAUUUCGCUUCUUAGUUUAUCACCAGAAAAUAAUGCUGACUUGAGUGGUCCUUUGCUAGAAAUGAGUCGGUCGGUCGAAAGCUGUAUUGCCAUGAGGCAGGCCGGCUGUAUUCCUUUACUAGUUCAGCUUAUUCAUUCUAAAGUUCCUAGGGAAACUCGGGAUCGAGCCGCUAAGGCUUUACGUAACAUAAUUCACACACAGACUGACGAUAAAGCAGGUAGGAGAGAAGCGAGAGUCUGGCGGUUGUUGGAACAAGUUAGAGAAUACUGUUACGUUUUAGAAGACCUCGUGGAAAUGAGAAAAGAAGGUAAAGAUAUAAUCGAGGACGAUGCUACCAAACAUCCUAGUCAAAGCGUUGCUGCUUUGAUGAAACUGUCCUUUGAUGAAGAACAUAGGCAUGUGGUUUGUCAACUAGGAGGACUACAAGCAUUAGCAGCUUUAGUCAGCGGUGAUCAAGCGGCACACGGUAGCAGAACUGAUGAUAAUACAUGUUUGACUAUGAGAAAGUACGCAGGAAUGACGUUGACAAAUUUAACCUUUGGUGAUGGAAACAACAAAUCUCUUCUGUGCUCUUUCAAAGACUUCAUGUUAGCUCUAGUAGAGCAAUUGGAAUCACCUAAUGAUGAUAUGCGACAGGUAACGGCCGCAGUACUAAGAAAUCUAUCAUGGAGAGCAGAUACCAACAGCAAACAAGUACUAAGAGAGGUAGGCGCCGUCAAGGGUCUGACCAAAGCCGCUAUGACGUGCCAGAAAGAAGCCACUCUCAAGUCAGUCUUAUCGGCCCUCUGGAACCUAACAGCUCACUGUUCAAUGAAUAAAGUAGCCUUAUGUUCCGUUGAGGGAGCCCUAGGAUUUCUUGUAGACAUGCUCAGUUAUAAUUCACCUACGAAAACAUUGGCGAUUGUGGAGAACGCUGGUGGCAUUAUGAGGAAUGUGUCAAGUCACAUCGCCGUCAGAGAAGAUUACAGGCAAAUUCUCCGCGAGAGAAAUUGUUUAAGUGUCUUACUGCAGCACCUUAAAUCUCCAAGUCUGACAGUGGUCAGUAACUCGUGUGGUACUCUAUGGAAUCUUUCAGCAAGAUGUCCACAAGACCAACAAUUUCUUUGGGACCACGGUGCGGUGCCAAUGCUUAGGAGUCUCAUCCACUCGAAGCAUAAAAUGAUUGCGAUGGGAUCCAGCGCCGCCCUAAAGAAUUUGCUCAACUCCAAGCCGGGCAAGACCCACAUAAUUUCUUUAGAUACCACAGCUAGAAACAUGAAUUUACCAGCAUUACCAACUUUGGUCGCUAGAAAGCAAAAAGCUUUGGAGCAAGAAUUAGACCAAAAUUUAGCCGAGACCUGUGACAAUAUUGAACCUGCAACAUCUCCAACAACAAGUAAUAGAGAAGAGAAAAACUUAUUCACGGCUACUGAACGACAAAUCGCAAUGAAUCUAGAAAGACACAGAAUGACGUCAAGUUCGCCUCUUAUGGGAACUUUAGCAUCGCAAAUAUCAUUAAGCCAUAGCGCCCAUUUAGCGAGCUAUUUAAGCUGCAGUAACACACUUUUGAAAGGUGCAUUGGUAUCUAGAUCUAACACAGGAAGUGCUGGGAAUGUCAACCGAUCUGAAAGCAAAGAUUCUGUCACAAGUACUCAUUCAGACUCUGUUUUUGAGCGAGCUAUGCGUACCGGGAAAGUACCUGUCCCAACGCCGAGAAACAAAGACCUCGUGAAAAGUGAAAGUUCAAGUGAAUCAUUUAAAACGUCCUCCAAAUCCAACAAGGAUAGUAAUUAUCUUAGGUAUCCAACUCAGCCACCAAUACCUCCUCCGAGAAGUACAACAGAAAUGCGAACUAAUUAUACAGAAUCUGGUUUUGACGUCGACCAAGAUUCUUGUGACCAACCUAUCGACUACAGCAGAAAAUAUUCUGAGACUAAAACAAAUGAGCCUGAAGUUGAGAAACCGAAGACUGACAUAAAGAAAUAUUCAAAGAAGGAAAGUCCAAACACGUAUGGUGAUUACCAGGAGACGGAUCUAGACCAGCCCACAGAUUACUCUUUGCGCUACGCUGAACAUCAAUCCGAGACGGGUUCUGACAUGUCAGAGCCAGCUGGUCCCUCUGUCCACGAAGACACAAUUAAACACUUUGCUACUGAAGGAACACCGUAUGAAACACCAGCAAUCUUUUCAACAGCAACUUCCAUGUCAGAUCUCCGUGUGAUCGGCAAAGACAGCAAGAAAACUCCUACCACUGUUAAACCUAAUCCCGAAGCCAUGACGCAUUCUGAUGAAAAAGACACAUGUUCAAUCGAGGAUCCUCCUAGACAUGACAACGAUAGAGCAGCAUCGACUCCUCAAAAUGUAUCUGCGUCGGAAACCAUGCAGGAAAAACGAGGAGUAUUUGACACGAAAUUUAGUUCCGGGAUGAUAAGUCCUGAAAAACCGGUGAACUAUUGUGAUGAAGGAACACCUGGGUAUUUCUCAAGGGUUAGUUCACUGAGUAGUCUGGGUGAACCGACUGAGGAGGAUUGUCUGGCUAAGAGAAAUGCUAUGGCCACUAUUAAUGUGGAGCUUAGUCCUCAGGAACCAAACAGCGGCAACUCUGCUAAAGACAAAGAAGGUUCCAAAGCAGUGACAUUUGCCACAGAACCCGUCGCCUUGCGUCCUGGUUCUGAAACGGCAUCAGGCCGCGCCUCACCUCCCACACAACGGUUCGUAGAGGACACACCUCUAAUGUUCUCGAGAUCCAGCUCGCUCGGCUCACUCCCCGAAUGCUCACAGCAAGACGACCAAGGGUCCGUGGUGUCUGAAGUUAGCCGGCUAACAUCAGGCUGUAUCUCCCCGAGCGAGAUCCCGGACUCUCCGGGCGCGAGCGUGCCGCUGUCGCCGCGCACCCGCGCCGCGCCGCCCCCCGACUCGCUCACCGCGCUCUCCACGCUCUCCACUCCGCCACAAGAGCGUGCGUGCGAAGGUUCAGUGUUCGAAGAACGUGUGUCCCGGUUCAUGGUGGAACAUACUCCGGCUCAGUUCUCCACCGCCACCAGUCUGAGCAGUCUCACCAUUGACGACGAGCCCAAGUUACCGAAGCAAUCGCUUAAACUAUUAUCAAAAGUGUCGGACCAAGACGAGAGCAACGAUUCGUCGAACAGCAGAUCUGAAGAUGCCUCAGAGAAUAGAGACAUGAACCAAUCGUUGCCCUUGAGAAGUCUCCUACCCAACGAAUUUAUGAAAGGUAGCCAAACCCCAGGCGAAGUGUGCAAAGUGUACUUUACGGAAGACACUCCCGCCAUCUUGUCCAAAGCUGGUAGCAACUCCAACCUGUCUGUGUUGUCCAUCGACUCGACGCCACUCCGGCCGUCGGACACCCUCGAUCCUCACGACACCUCCGACAGCUCCAAUCUCAGUGAUGCUGGGGACCUCCUAGAGGAAUGCAUACAAAAAGGCAUUGCUAAGGUUGUCAAGAACAAAGGCCCAGCAUCAGAUAUAUCCUCCAUCAAUCCGUACAGAGAUGAACUAUACCGAUCGCUACCGCCCUAUCUACGUUCGUCCACGGAAACUGUACGAAUGUCCCACGAGUACGCGAGGAAUGUUCGUGACAGCCGCUCGCGCAGCCCCCCGCCGCUGCCGCCCAAGCUGGCGCACGGCGCCGCGCCCCCGCGCCCCCCGGACCCGCGCCACGGUCGAAAAUACGAAUGCCGACUACCAGGUAAAUCACAAGCCCGAGAGCGACCAAAGCCUCCAGCGGCCGCCAACCUUGCACGAAACGACUCUCUAUCAUCGUUGAGCCUGGACUCUUUCGGCUCCACGGACCAAGAAAUUUUUGAAGAAACUGUCAAAGCCGGCCUUUCGAUAGUUCCUCGUAACAGACCCACGAUCGAUGAUAGAAUACGAGCACAAUCAGCGGAACGAAUGGCCGAACCUGUUCGACCGCACCGGGUACCUCGGUCUCUAGAUCGAGCUCCCGCAAGGUCCAGGGAAAUCGAGGAACCGUCUCACGGAAGAACGGGAAGGUCUCGCAGACGACGAUCGGCGGACGGCGCGAGAGCGUCCAGGUCGACGCUGUCCCCGCGCGCCCUCGAGAGAAGCACCUCCCUGUCGUCUCUCAGCAACGAAUCGUUCGGUUCCACGGACAGAGAAGUCUUCGAGAGGUCGGUCAGAAUCGGCAUGUCCAGAGUCCGAAGGCGACCGCGAUCGGACGACAGGCUAGAGGCCAGAAGGAGGAAUAACUCCGGCAACUCGGGAGGCGCGCUCGCUAGAUGCGGUCGCGCUCGGGCUCUGCUGGAGGAAGUCAUAGCGAAGGGCGCCAAGCGACGGCCAAAAAACGUGCCGCCGCCGCCAGCGGGGCGCGCGCCCGCCGGCGGGGACCCUCCGCGCCCAACCACACCUGGCUCUGACGCGCCGCCCCCGCCGCCCCCGCCACCCCCGCCGGCCCACCGCGACCCAGAGAUCACUCCCAAUCCAUCCAUUCGCGUGCAAAACUUCUCAGAAGACAUAAAAACUCUCCCGGACGAAAUCCCAGACCCCCCCGAGACGUCUUCGCCUCUCGACUCCGCGACCCUGACCCGCUCCAACGAGUGCUUGGCCCCGUUGUCGGCCAACACUACCCUCGAAUCGGAACCCCGGGACGAGCUCAAUCGCUCGAACGAGUCCUACGCCGACGUUCUCGACGGUUCGUGGAGUGACGGAGAGACGCCUCAUCCUCCGAUCGAUUCGGGCACCCUCACGAGAUCGGACAAGAAUAAACUCGAGUGGACCGAUAUUAAAUACACUGCGAGUAAACCGGAUGAUCAUAUCCGACACCCGGAUGAUACGUCGAAGAAGGAUACGGACACCUGGAACGACAAUACGUGUCCCGAUGACGUCACGUUUCCGACCAUAAGCGGCUCCGUGCACAUGGUAUCUUCUAUACGGAGCGAAGUGGCCGAAACGGCACUGACGUUACCAGAUUUACUUGAAAAGAGCGAAGCGCCUACGAUGUCAUUUUCGAGACCAGAUCUUACGAACAGAUUAGAUACAGAGGUUCUACACUCGACGAACGCGUUGACUCUUGAAGAUAAUGUUUUGGACAUGGAAACCAAUAUGAUGUUAGAUAGUGUUCCCGAGCCAAGCUUCACCUCUCUCGUUGACGACGGCGAACAAAAGUUCGACUCGAUUAUUUCAGCUGCUAUAGAAAAGGAGGCAGCCAGGUUAGCUGCUCAAUUAAAGAGUUCCGCUCAUUUUGGAAUGGAAGCGAGUGUCACAUCUUUGACCUCGUUAGACCUGGACCAUGUCAAGCCACCUUCGAAUCUCGGCAGUUUACUGUCAUUAAGUGCAUCAGGACAUUGGGACGAGUCCUCCAAAGAUCAAAUGCCCAAGAAGUCCCAAAAGAGUCGAAAAAAGUCUCUUCCUGUUGCACUUAUGGUAAAACGAGCUCUUAGCAAUUCUAUGUAUCAUGGUAGCACGGAACAUUUAGAUAGCAAUCCUGUUAGCUUCCUCGAUAAUGUGAAACCUCCCUCAGAAAUGGAAAACAUAGAUAUGGAAAGCAGUAUGAUAUCAGUGUCCAGUAUCGUGUCUGAAGUUGCGGAAACACGCGAAAGGACACCAAUAGUCUUUGAUUUCAAGCAACCGGUUCAAGACUUUCCUCUAUGCAGUACAUUCACCAACAUCUUCCAUGACCUAGACAAGGUGAAUCCGCCAUCUUUGUUCGACGAAAUCGCUGAAUCGACAACGGAAAUCGAACAAGUGACCGCACAGCAAAUUUACGAAGAAUGUACGUCGAACACUUUAAAUGUAGUAACAGAUAUUCCGUCUGGAUCCGAAAAUUGUACUCCACUACCUUCAGAUAUUAGCAGCGUUGAAUCAACACCCAAAAAACAGAGAGAUCCAAAGUAUUUAACGCCUAAAGAAAAAAGACAUGUAUCUAAAGAUAGAUAUCAAACUUACACAAUCACUGAUAAGGUGACAGAGAAUGACGUUGUGUUAGAAGUUGAAGAUGAGUUUGUAACGUGGACAAAGUCUGAAAGCGACAGAUCUGAUGACUAUGUCACAGCAACCUCUGAAGUCAAAUCCAAGAGAAAAAUGAGUGCUAAACAGCGGAGAUUGGAAGAUAGAGCGAGGUACCAAACCCAAACUGUAGACAUUCACACAAUUCUGCCUCAGGACCCACAAAAAGUCGUCGACCCACAAAUCGAAAGUCUGAAACAACGACUAGCGGCAAAAAAGACGAUUAAGCAGAAGAGGAUAGAAGACGCUGAACGUUUCCGAACUAGAACUUUAAGUGAAGAUAUACCUCCUUCCCCAACUUUUGUAACAAAAGACGCCAGUUUUGAAAAUGUUGAAACAACAACAGGCUACGAUAGUCUAUCGUCGAAUGAGUUGAACCAUCAACAGAUCCUGGACGAUAGGCAGGACGAUGACGUAUUCUCAAGAGACGCCGAUAGCGGCCACAAUGAGGAUGAUUUUGAGCUAAACUCUACCCAAAUGCAAACAUACACAAAAAGCUUUAGAAAUUAUCUUCCUGUUAUAGAAAGUCCCGCUGCUGUUGACAUGUGUGUAGUCAACAAUCUCAAAAACAUAGAAAUGACAGCAUCGUAUACACGUACGGUGAAAACGCAAAGUGAUAAAAAUCUAAAUCCUAGUAGUAGUGACUUCGCAAGUUACGAAGGUGAUAGCAAUUCAGAAGAUAAGGCCCACUCAGAAUCAGAUACGGAAUCUCCACGCCCGAAACCAAAAAUAAUAAAACCAGCUAGACGCGAUGAGAGCUUAGAUUCUAAUGACUCUAAUGACAAGGAGCUAGAUACUCCAAAAGCUAUUCGCGGGAGGAAAAAGGCAAUGUAUGUAUCGCCCUACAGGCGGAACGUUCCAGCUGGUAAAAAGCUGGCUACUCCGCCCACUAAAACUGCACCUAUGAGUGCGCCUGCCAAACUUUCCAAUCCAGUAAAAGCUCAUGCAAGUGCCAAAUCGCCUAAACCUCUCGCUUCGAAGACACAAAGCGCAAAAACUUCCCCAAAAAAAUCACUUCCAAAAUCUCCUUCUAAGGUACAACAAAAACCGAUCUGUAUUCCGCCAGUCGCCACAAAACCUUUACCUCUAGAGCGGCAAGGAACAUUUACUAAAGAAGAAAGUUCAGUUCCAGCGAAAGAUUUACCCGUACCGGACAAAAAGACGGUACCGAGGCUAGCCAAAACUGCAACACCUACUAAAAGCAAUACGUCGCCUUCGAGGUUGCCACAGUUCAAUCGCAAUAAACUCUCACCAGCAAAAGCCAGCCAAUCUAAACAAAUGACAAAUCGCUCAGCGAAGAAAUCAGAACCAACUAUGAAGAAUUCCGCUUCAAAUCACAGUCUACAAAGCAAUGAAAGUGGAAAGACAAUCACUAUAGCUUCGAGAAGUUCUCGACAAGGUAGUACUUCCAGCGUGAAUUCAGUCCAGUCGUCGAAAACAAAUUCUAAAGAUAUCGAAAGCAAAAUAGCUAGUCUAUGGAAAAAAGUAGAACAAGCGAAAAAACUACCAGCCAAAGUCGAAAAGAAGGUUUGGAUAGAGGCCGAUGAUAAAGCCAAACCGCCGAAAUUGAUCAGAAGUUCUACUUUUGAGGGCCAACCGAAGGCUCAAGUAUCUUCGGCACCGAAACAAAAGACCUCUAUUGGUAUUAGGGUAUCACAAAUACCUAGUCUGAGGCCAAAAUCGACUCCAAGUAAACCGAUCAGUCCAGCCAAUACAGCGAAGAAACCUACGAACACGAGAAUAUUUGCUCGGAAACCCUUAGCUGGACAAGUCGGUACAUAA